AUGGUCGCCAAGUCGUUCCUCACCCUCGCCACCGCCGGCCUCGCCGCCGCCCACUACAGCGUCCUCUACCCCGACUGGCGUGCCGACACGCUCGAGGACACCGAGGAGACUGGGUACAGCCAGUGGACGUGGCCUUGCGGCGGUGUCGAGUACGGCAGCGGCAACAGGACCGACUGGCCCCUGGCCAACGGCUCGAUCGCCUUCCAGCUCGGCCACGCCUUCAACUACGCCUUCAUCAACGUCGGCCUCGAGGACCCCACGACCGGCAACAUCACCUCGUUCAACAUUUCCCUGACGCCCCAGCUCACCAACACGUCCGGCCACGGCACCCUCUGCCUCGACGGCCUCACGCUGCCCACGGACCUCAACAUUGAGGACGGCACCAACGCCUCGAUCCAGACCAUCAUGGUCGGCCCAUCGGGCCAGGCCCAGUACAACUGCGCCGACAUUCGCCUGACCUCCCAGGCCGCCGGCCCCGCCGAGGGCCAGUGCGUCACCGAGGACGCCGAGGCCGUCGUCAUCAAGGGCGAGGGCAGCGGCUCGUCUGACGACCACGACGACCACGAUGGCGGCGACGACGACAGCGCCAGCGAGACGUCCUCUGCUGCUGGCGCCGCCGCCACUACGGCCGCGCCCAGCUCUGCAGCCCUCAACUCGGCGUACAUGUCCACCGUCGUCGGUCUCGGGAUGGCUGUCGUCUUUGGCCUGACCCUGUAA